AACUCUACCAUUUUGUGUUGUUGUUGUUGUAUUGUGUGAUUCGUUUUCCAAUUAUCUAUCAACUAAUUUCUUCAAGUCAUAUGUUUUUUGGGGUGUAUUAUUCUUGUUUGUUCAUUUUUUUUUUUUGACAUUCUGAUUUCAUUCGUAUAAUUCAUUAAAAAAUAUAUACUUAAUUCAACUAAUCUCAUUCAAUAUUAAUAAGAUGAAAUUUCUGGAACAUUCUCAUUUCGAAGCUCUUAAUUCGGCAUUGAAUUUUGAUGCUGGUGUAUAUCAGAUUGUUGGAAGACUGGAAAGUUAUUCAUGUAAAUUAGUAGCCAGCGAAAAACGACUAUUCAAAUCGAUGAAUGCUGCUGAUGGUCUUAGUCCAAAUGAUUUAGAAGUACUUUCACCACCGGAAUCUGGAUCUUUUAACAGCAGAUUUGAUUCAUUCACCGAUGAAUUUCAAUAUGCUCCGACAUCAAUGAUCAGUCGUAAAACAUUAUUCUAUCUGAUUGCUACAUUGAACGCUUCAUUCAAUCCUGAUUAUGAUUUUAGUAAUUGCCGUGCUGAAGAAUUUAGCCGUGAACCAAGUGUAAAGCAUGUGAUGGAUGCUGUGGAUUCGACAUUUUUUAGUUCAUCAGCCAGACAAGAAUACAAUGAAAUGAAAUCACAGCUAUGGUCUGCAAUCGAUAGUCAUAUUAAUCUAUCAGAUUGUGAAAUUUAUCGUUUCAAUUCGGAUUCCAAUUUCGAUCCUUGGGAUGAUUGUUCCAUAUGGGCAUAUUAUUAUUUUUUCUAUUCGAAAAAACUUAAACGAAUCGUAUUCUUUACUUAUCGUGCUGUUCGAAAAGACGAUUAUGCCAAUCAGCAAGAUGACAUGAUCAACGAUACUGGAUACACAUCGUUCGAUAUUGAAUUAAUAUGAAACCACGAAUAUUGCCCAUAAAUUUUCAUCAUUGUCAAUUACAUAUUCACCAGACUCCUGAAUACAUUAAAUUUC